AUGGGGAAGUACAUGCGCAAGUGCAGGGCGGAGGACGGCGCGGUGGGCGGCGUGGAGGUCACGCAGGCCGUCGGCGUCCGCACCCGGUCCCGCGCGGCCGCGGCCAACGUCGUCGUCUCCAAGAGGAGGCGCCCGCUGCCGCCCGGCUCGCCGUCGGCCUCGUCGUCCCUCGCUCGCGCCCAGGGCUGGAGCUGCUACCUGAAGCUGCGGAGCCGCAUGCUGUUCAUGGCCCCGCCGGCGCCCGCAUCGGGGGCUGCCGCCGGGCACGGGCCGGCGCCGCCGCUCCCGGCCGGCCUGUCGCGCUGCUCCAGCACGGCGUCGUCCGUGGACGCGUCGGCCGCGGCGCAGGACAGGAGCCUGCCCUCGUGCGGCUCCGACGCCGCUGCCAACGCAGGCGCCCCGGAGGGCUCGGCGAGCAACAACGCGGAGAGCGGCGGCAACCGCGAGAGGCGAGAGACGACGCCGUCCAGCCAUUUCCCCGGCGACCUGAGCGACCUGGAGUCGGAUCUGGCGGGGCAGAACAGCGGCCGGUCGUCGCUGCCGCAAACGCCGACCGCCCAGGCCCAGCCCGCCGCGAGGUCGAGGGUCCCGCCGGCGGCCGAGAUCGAGGAGUUCUUCGCGGCCGCCGAGGAGGCCGAGGCCAGGCGGUUCGCUUGCAAGUACAACUUCGACGUGGCCCGCGGCGUGCCGCUCGGCUCCGGCCGGUACGAGUGGACCCCGGCGGUGAGCAGCAGCUAG